AUGUCUUACAACGCCACUUCUGCUCCCAUGGACAUCCAGUCCGGCAGCCGAGCUCGCUCAUCUAGCGACAACUCCCAGCACUCCUAUGCCCGGACGGACUCGACUGGCUCGUCUGGCUCGUUCGAUGCCAAGAGGCCACUCUCGUCUUCGCCCACGGUCAACGUCUACACUCACUGUGGCCGGCACAGCAGCCAGUGGCUCUUCAGCGGCUGGGGCAGCCUAAAGAAGGGCUCCGGAAAGAAGUCCUGA